AUGGAACCCCAGCCAAAGCGCGAGUCUGUCCUGUUGCCCAUCCACCUCGCCCAGACCGACUGGCACAACGCAAUGUCCGAGCUGGACAAGGACGGCAGCUACACGCACGACAGUGGCGACACACCCUCCACACCCUCGCGCAUGACGGUGCUGGACGACGGCUUCUACGACCCCUCAAAGGAGUCGGUGUGGACGCGAGCCGGUCUCACGCGCGAAUCGUUCAAGCAGGCACCAGGCGUCACUCGCGGCCAGGUCGCCCACGGCGAUGUCCCCGACUAUGUACCAUACGACAGUCCGCUGCUGCAGCAGAAGAUGCGGCCUCGGCAUCUGCAGAUGAUUGCUGUCGGUGGAUCCAUUGGCACUGGACUCUUUAUUGGCUCUGGCGCCGCACUCCGCGUCGGUGGCCCCGCCGGUGUGCUCAUUGCCUGGAUCAUUACCGGCUUCAUGGUGCUCAACGUCGUCCAGGCGCUGGGCGAGAUGGCCAUUGUGUUCCCCGUCUCGGGCGGUUUCUACACGCUGUCGUCUCGUAUGCUGGACCCGGCAUUCGCCUUUGCGGUCGGCACUAACUACGUCCUGCAAUGGUGCUUGGUGCUGCCUCUGGAACUUACGGUCGCUAGCACGACUGUACAAUACUGGACCAAGGACGUGCCGCUCGCUGUUUGGAUCACAAUAUUCAUCCUCGUCAUUAUUUUCAUGUCCAUUCUCGGUACACUGGGCUACGCCGAGGAAGAGUUCUGGUCAUCCUCCUUGAAGCUUCUGGUCGCAAUCAUCUUCAUCCUCAUCGGCAUCGUCUGCAUCUGUGGCGGCGGCCCGGAAUCGGGCCAAUACAGCACCUACAUCGGGGGCCAAUACUGGCACAACCCGGGAAGCUUCGCCAACGGCUUCAAGGGCGUGUGCGCCGUUUUUGUCAACGCUGCGUUUUCGUAUGCGGGCACCGAAGUCGUGGGUCUCGCCGCUACCGAGACGCCCAACCCGCGCAAGUCGAUGCCCACCGCCGUCAAGCAGAGUUUUUGGCGCGUCAUCGUCCUCUACGUUGCAACCCUGACGGUCAUUGGCCUUGCUAUCCCUUACGACGACCCGCGGCUGUUCGGCGGCAGCUCGGACGCCAACCUCUCGCCGUUUGUCAUCCUCAUGGAGAAGGCUCACAUUGGCGGAAUGAGCCACCUCAUCAACGCGACCAUCUGCAUUUCGGUCCUGUCCAUCGGCCUGACGGCCGUGUUCGCCGCGUCUCGCACCCUCACUGCCCUGGCCGAGAACGGCUACGCACCCAGCAUUUUCAAGUUUGUCGACAAGUCCGGGCGUCCCCUAUGGUCUGUGGUCUUUGUGCUAUGCUUCGCCCCGCUCGCCUACAUCAACUGCGCCGACGUCGGCACCCAGGUCUUCAACUGGCUCAUGGCACUCACAGGCCUGUCCGUCUUGCUCGAGUGGCUGUCCAUAUGCAUCACGCACGUCCGCUUCCGGCGCGCAUGGAAGGUCCAGGGCCACUCGGUCGAGGAACUCCCCUUCCGCGCCCUGGGCGGCAUGUGGGGGUCCGUCGUGAGCGCCGUCCUCAUCGGCCUCGUCAUCGUCGCCCAGUUUUACAUCGCCCUCUGGCCCGUCGGCGGCAGCGAGAGUCCCGGAAGGGCCGCUGAACACUUCUUCCUCGUGUUCCUGUGCGUGCCCAUCGUCCUCGGGUUCUGGGUGUUCGGGUACUUUUGGAAACGGACCGUGCCCACCAGGGCGAAUGAAAUCGAUCUCGACACAGGCCGCAAGUCGUGGCUUUCGGUCGACGAGAUGCGUGCGUAUCGCCGCGACCGUGCAGCCGCGCCGCUGUAUCUGCGCGUCUGGCGCUUCCUCUUUUCCAACUGA